AGAGGCGGCAACUAUCGAAAGACAGUGUGUUGUGUCAUCUCUAGCUGAAAAAAUGGCUGAAACGAAAAUGUGAGUGUAUGAGUGUGAGUGCACAAAACUGUGAGAAAAAUUUGCGUUUGCAGCCUAUUUGAAAUAGAAGCGUUUCGGCAAUAAAGGCGCUGCUAAUCCUUAUCUGACCACUGUCCAGUGUCCGCUUUCCGGUGUCCACUGUGUACAUGGAACAGGGGACGACGCAUCCGUACAGGAGCCAUCGAAAUUUGCGAUUAAUGCUACUUUUUUGAUCCGCACACUCGGCACUCCACUACACUUCAAUUACUGACAAGUAAAAGCUAUAGGAAAAUAAGUCUGGCGAGUAGGGAAAUGUAGCUGGAGCUGAGAAGCUUCAAGGCCUGGAUUACUAGAUGAAAAUUAAGCCAAGAGCACUCCCUAUAUGUAAUAUAUAUGUAAUACACACGCGCCUGCCCCGCCGACAGUGUACAUACAUCAAUAUAUCGGCUUGAUAUACCGCACACAUACGCAGUUGCAUCAGCAUGCCCGACCGUGAUUCUGAUUCGGAAUCCAAAUCCGAACCCGAAUCCAUGAAUCAGCAGCGCCAGCAGCCGCCCCAGCGGCCCAAACGGAACCGUCGCAUCAUAAUGCGAAUUGAAUUAAACGACUCGGAUGAGACGGGCUCCGAUCAGGAUCUUGACCAGCGGCCAUCCUGUUCAACGGCUACUCGGCUGCGUCGCAGUGUUCGCCACCAGGAAGUACCUUCCAACUCGGAGUCCGAUGCUGGGACCAGGAAGUCUUCGCGCAAGUUGCGCCAUCGUUAUGGACCGCAAAGCGACUGCUCCUCCAGCGGCAGUGAGAUAAAUCAGCAGCGUUCUAGCAAACUGAGGAAGGCAUUAUCUAGCGGCGAAGAGACGGAGCCGGAGACGGAAAAAUCUUCCAAUGCAGCUGCAAGACUCCAACCAUCAAUGGAGGAGGCAGAUCCCGGCUUUAGCUCUGAUAGCAGCAGUAACGAGCUACUGGAGAAAUGUCCCAUCUGCCUGUUUACGUUUAGGCAGCAAGAGAUCGGAACACCGGCCACUUGCGAGCAUGUCUUUUGUGCGGCGUGCAUUGAGGCAUGGUCGCGAAACGUUCAAACCUGUCCCAUUGACCGAAUUGCCUUCGAUAGGAUCAUUGUGCGCGACACAUUCGCAACCCGAAAGAUUGUCCGAGAGGUGCGAGUGGACCUGAGCAAAACCAAAACCGAGCUGGUGAUAGGCGACGAAGAGGAGGCUCCUGUUGAAGAGGAAGUCACCAACUGUGAGAUCUGCGAGCGACCAGAUCGAGAGGAUGUGAUGCUGCUGUGUGAUAGCUGCAACCAGGGCUAUCACAUGGACUGCCUGGACCCGCCACUGCAUGAAAUUCCCGCCGGUUCCUGGUAUUGUGACAAUUGCAUUGAUUCCGAGGACGAGGACCCGGAUGAGCAGCUAGACCUGGCUGACGAUUUGAGUCAACUGUACGAGGAUAUCAGAGACAUGGGGCUUCCAGAGACGAGGCUGCGUGUGCGCGAAGUCCAACAGCCACGAAUCCUUAGAACCCGUCAGAACGAACGUAUCCGAGCGGAAGUGCUGCGUCGCACUCGUUCUGCAGCGGUCACCACGGACAAUUCUGAGGGCAGCCGUACGCGAACCCGCACCACCACGACAACUACAACCACUACCACCACCACCCGACGAACCACAACCAGCACAAAUACAAGAAGAACCACCCAGCGACGACGGCGGCGGAGGACUCGACACCGUGUCUAUGUCGUGGAGUAUGACCUGAACAAUUUCGAUGAGAAGUUCGCACUCAAAACCAGUAAAAAGGUCAUUCGGCGCCGUCGACGUCGUCGUCGUCGAGUAGUACCUGCCGCGUCUGAACCCGGACGACGUCUAACUGCUAGCAUGCGACUGGCGGAGCAGUUGGGCGUGAAGGUGGAUGGCGUACAGCGUUCACACAUUUCUGGUGGAACUGCCGCCAGCUUCUCCCUGUUUGGGAGUGCUAAUGAUCUGGAAUACUUCUCGGACAAUGAGCCGGGCUGCGAUGAAGAUCUGGCUUCCGCUGGCCUGGGAUCCACGGCAGUUCAAACCUCAGUUCGUAUAGCCAGCAUUGGCGCCCCGCGCAGCCGGAAGGCUCUGCUCCAGAGCAAGGCCCGCACGGCCGCCACGACCUCAUCGUCCAGCACAGCUGCAGCUGGCGACAUACUUUCCAGUAUUUUGGAGCUGCAGGACCGUUGGCAUGACGCCUCACGUAACCUGAGCGAGGUGCACAUCAGGUCCGACGGCAGUCUUAAUCUUCCCAAAAAGACCGCCGCCUCCAAGCCGGAUCAGAAUGUCACCCAGGCACCGCUUUACCAGCGGGGAGGAGCUGCGCCGAACUUCGGUCGUGGUGGUGGCGCAGCCGGUGGGGAUAACUACAACAAUCGCUACGGUGGAAACAACAGUUAUAACCGUGGUGGUGGUGGAGCAGAACAAUCAUCAAACAGCGGCGUGGCUUCCUCUAGUGGAGGAGAUGGAGGUCAGCUGCCUGGUGGUUUCAGCAAUCAGGGAUUCACCAGCCCCAUACAGCCCAACAGCAGCAGCAACACCCCCACCUUCACACCCUUUCACCUGCGAUUCAAUACGCCCAACCGCCAACAGCAGCAACGGCCGCCGGGCCCUUCGCCCGUAACUCAGUCCACACCACCUUUCCGGCCGAUUGGCGGGCCACCUCCGGCUAGGGUUACGCCUCCAAGGAGCUUUCCUGGACCAGCGCCGAUGUUCCCGCCGCCGCCGGUCAACCAUCAUCCGCCGCCAGUGAUGGGACUGCCACCGGUGCUAUCAGUACCUCCUCCGCCAACACCGCCCGCUAGCCUGGCCUGGAACAGUCCGCUCUUCAAGAUCCAGCCGCCGAUCGCCGACAGAUCGAAAGCUGGGGAUGAUGCCGACAACUGUCCCAACUUCUCCAUUUACUCGCAGGAGUCUCAGGCUGUGGCCAACGCUUCUGCGACGACAACUGGGCCAGUGUAUGGACCUGUCGAAGAUCCGAAUAAGGAUGAUGAGGAUUUAGAAGAAGAUUUAGUACAAUUAGAUGAUGACGAUGACAAUGACGAUAAUAUACCAUUGCCCCCUGGACCCGAGCCGGAACCAGCUCAGGAGAAAGCCAACGAUGAUCUGUACGAGCCGGAGAAUCCAACCGACGAGCCAGACGAAAUAACUGACAACAUGGAGAUAUCCGAGCCAUCCGACGAGGAGGACGGCAAGGCCCAAAAGGAAUCCGGGGAGACACCAAAGCGUAGCACUCCUAGUCCAACUAAAGAGGAUCGGGCUUCGGAGCGGGAUAGGGGCAAGGGUGUGCUGGAGCUGUACGACGACAGUGAUUGGGAGGAAUUGGACAUCGAUAAGCCAAAGGAGUUCGAAAAGGCCCUGGAACAAACGGAAGGAGAUGAUGCCGAUACGACUCCCAAGGAGCUGGAGUCCAACACGCCUCCUCUAGUGAAGGAGAAGGGUGAUUCGGACAAAGAGGGCAGUGACCACGGACCGGAUCGUUCCUACACGCCCUGUUUGGAUGAGAAAACAUUGGCCGAGGACGACGAACAGAACUCUGGCCCAGCGGCCAACCGAAGAGAUGCUAGCGGAAGCCCCAAGUCACCAUCCUCCAAGGUGUCGGACGACGAGCGGGCAGUCGGCGGCGAGCAAGUGUCCGAUGACGAGGAUUCGAGCAAUAAGAACUCCAAGCGCCGCAGCCGAAGUCGUCGGCGGAGUCGCAGCCGUACUCGAAGUCCGAGCGAUGGUAGCCCUGUUCCAGUCAAGCCCAAGUCCAAGACCCGUUCCAAGCGCGACGAUGACGAAACAUUCAAAAAGGUUGGCAAACGGCAAAAGGAUCGCAACUACCGCGGCGAUAAGCCACGGUCCGGUUCGAGAAGCCGCUCGUUUAGCCAGAAGCGCAGCAAGAGCCGGAGUGCGAGCCGUAGUAGAAGUCGGUCGCGGACACGGAGCCGGAGUCCAAGCAAGAGCAGGACCAGGAGCAGGAGCAGCAGUCGCUCGCCAAGCCGCAAUCGAAAUAGACGCAGGCGCGACAGUCGCUCCAAGUCGUAUUCUCGAUCACGAUCGAGGUCCCGCUCUCGUUCAUACCACCGGAUGCCGUUCCGUGGCCGAGACAACCAGCGAGGAUUCAUGCGCGGCCGGGGAGGCCUUCGGUUUAAUUACCGAAACCAGCCGUUUCACAAUAAUCGCUUCCCCCACUACCAGAAUCAGAACCAGCAGCACUACCACCAGCAGCAGCACCACCACCCCCAGCAAUACUUCCACUACAACCAGCACGGCCAGCAGUUCUAUCAGCGCCCCAAGAGGAGAGAACUGCCGCGCUACGAUGUUCGCAACUUGGUGGGAGCCAAUAGGCAGAAUUACCAAAGGGAUAGGUUCGGCCGGGAACCGAUGCGCUCGGCCAGGAGCCGCUCCGGCAGGCGUGAUUCGCGAAGCUUCUCCAGAAGCGUUUCAAGAGGAUCGCGCGGCUCGUUGCGCUCCCGGUCGCCGGGAUCACCGAAGCGGUUCCGCAGCUUCAGCAUGUCGCCGACACCGCCGCCGGGCACAUCGCCGCCACCCAAGCACCAAGGCGGCAGGCGCUUCGCCCGGUCGCCGUCGCCUCGGCCGCCAUCGCAUCUGGAACGGGAACGUAGUCCCAUAUCUCUGCGCUCUGGAAGAUCCCGUUCACCCACUCCCAAUCGCGUCAAUGGCGGGGGAGAUCGUUCACCUGCUUACAUAGGCUCUCCGCGGUAUACUCCACGGCUGAGUCGCAGCCGAUCCCGGUCGAAGAGUCCCAAGGAUGUGCCCAAGAAAAAGAAGAAGAAGUCGGACAAGAAAAAGAAGAGCAAAAAGCGGGCGGUCAGCGGCAGUCCGACGGCGGCAGCCAGGAUGCGUCGCAUCUCACGGCAACGUGAUCCCUUCGAGGAUGCCGAUGACUUUCUGGCGCCGCAACACGGAAAGAAGCGAAAGAAGGGAGGCGGUGUGCUGAGCAGCGGCAUCCAAUGGUCGCCAUCAGUGUCACCUGGUCACCACCACAAUUUCUUGCAUGACAAGAAUUCGUGGACGCCGCCAUUGGAAUCGCCCAAGGAUCAUCAGACGUAUGAUGAUGUUGGCGAGGCGACACCGAAGAAGCCGAAACGGAAGCGGGACAAGAGCAAAAAGAAAAAGAAGCAGCCCCUGGAGAAACAGCGCAAGGAGAAGAAGCGCAAGCGACGCACCCAAACACCAGAGCCACUGCCCUCCAAGGAGGUCUUCGCCUCCGGCAACAACAUACUGGUGAGCGUCAGUUUCAACAAGGAGGCCACCAGUGCUAACGCAUCAUCGGCUCAGCCCUCGCAACAGCAACAGUCGGUCCUUACCAUGCCCUCGAGGAGCGACGAUCUGCUGAGCAAGCGCCUGGGCUCCUACGACCAUCUGGCCAAUAGCAGUUCUGGCGCUGGAAUGGGUGGCAGCAAGAAGGGCAGAAAGGACAAGACGCGCAAGCGCAAAAAACUGGAGGCCAAACCCGUGGCCAUUAUCGAUUUGGAACGGUCGCCGUUCCAAGUUCAUCAGGAGCCGGCUGAUGUGAUUGUGCUCACGGACAGCGAAGACGCCACGGAUCAACAUGCUUCUCGGAGAGAACGGGAUCGCGACCGGGACCAUGACCGCGAUAUGAUGCGGGAGAAUGGCCAACGGGAAAAAACACCGCCGCCCAAUUCCCUGGAUACCAUCAUGGAAACCUCCUACGAAAACAUGACACAACAAACUGGCCCCAAGACGCCACCAGAGCCUCCGUUGGUCAAGUUCAACCUGCCCGCUAAGAAGUUGCAGAUGCAGCACAAGGUUCGCAACAAUCCUCUGCACGACGAUGCCGAUGACAUCAAUUCGGCAGACGAGAUGGAAGCGGCUUGUUCAUUGCCACCCGAGGAGGCGUCUGCCCACGAAGGUGGUCAGAAGAUAGGACCCAACACGCCUCCAGAGUCGGGACCGUGUUCGCCGGACGCCUACGAUCCUUUCGAGCCGACAAAGUCGCCAUCGCUUUCGCCUCGAUCGCCGACGCCGACUCAAAGCCAGAUCCACGAUUCAGUGGAUGCAGGACCCGGAACUGUCGGAUCCGGGCCCGGAGACAAGAACGAAGCUGAAAAUCAAAAGCAAAGCGACAGCAAUGCCAGCGCCAGCACCCAGACCCAGACGAGUGCCGUCAACCCAGUGGACUUCCUAAUGUCCCUAAUGAGCAAACCGAGUCAGAGCCUGGGUGGCCAGCAGGAGAGCGAGGUGAGCUCCGCCCAGUACAUAAGCAGCAGCUCGGUGAAUCUCACUGUGGGCUCAACCUCGGGAGGAGGCACUGGAGGCGGAUCUGGUGCCGGCGACAGCCAUGACAAGGUGUCGGACGGCAACUCAGUCACCGUGAUCUCGAAUGUUCUGCUCACUAGCAGCAGUGUGGUGUCCAGCUCGCAGCACAUACCCUCCAUAUCCAGCCCCACGCCGAUGCCAAAGAAACUCACCCCCCUGUCGAAGGCCGGCGGAAGCGUGGCCAGCAGCAGCAGUGGCGUUGGCAAUAUGCCCACCACGAGCGGAGGCGGUGUUGGCGGUGGUUUGCGCAACGGUAGUGGCAGUGGCGGUAAUGCCGGUGGUUCCAGUAACGCCCUGGACGACUCCUUCAACAUGGACAUCGAGAGCCCGUACUCGCCGGGGUCAGCGGACUACGAGGACCUGUUCGAGCCGCCCGCCCAACCGGAGGGCAGCCGACGCGCCAAGGGCAGUGGCAAGACGGAAAUGUUCGACAAUCUCUUUGGUAGCAGCUCCCCGGUGGGCAAUAUCCGUAUGUCGCGCUACAACACAGCCCCAGCCAAGAAGCAUCGCAAUCGAGAUCGUAAAUCAAAAUUAAAAGGUGCCAAGGUGCCCGAUGCCUAUGACGAUGUUCCCAAUUCGGCAAUGGACCUUCAAGUAAAGGAUAGAUUUUUGCGCAAAUUGAAUCGACAAGAGCGCGUUGUCGAGGAAGUGAAGUUGGUGUUGAAGCCGCACUUUAACAAGAAGGUGAUUACAAAGGAUGACUACAAGGACAUUAUGCGAAGAGCUGUGCCGAAGAUCUGUCACAGUCGGUCUGGUGAAAUUAAUCCGCACAAGAUUAAGAAUCUUAUUGAUGCCUAUGUGAGGAAGUUCCGCGCGAAGCACAAGAAACUGAGUGUGCUCAACACGGGACAGGUUAGCAGUGCGGUCAAGUGUGCCGCCUAUCUGAAAAAGCUAUAAGCCAGUAGGCGUGCGCCUCGGUGUUUGGAGCGUUCGGUUAAGAAUCUAAAACCAAUAUGCGGUCGCAUGCAUUCCUACACUCUCUACCAUCAAAAUAAAUCAAUAAUGGUCACCGGAGGGACACCCACGCAAAAAACAAAUCGAAAAUAAAUGGAAAACUCAAAACGUCAUUAACUAUUGGAAUUUAGUUGUUAAGUCGAUUUUAGGUCACUUUACAAAUGAUUUUAGAGCAUAAGCGACACACACAGGAGUGAAUAUAUAUAUAUAUAUAUUUAAAUGUUAAGCAAAAGGAACUUUGCCACCCAAUUUUCGUUUACCCAAAGCACUAUAAAAACAUUUUAUUUAUAUCGAGACUAGUUCAUUAGAUUGUUUACGAGUAUGACAACUGUAACGAUAAUAUACGAUAUAUAAUGUUUUGCAUCAACCCUAAACAAUUGUAAGUAGCUGAGCGAUGGCAAAACGACUCUAUAAUUUACCUCUGAUAAUUUAAAUAUUUAAUUAAAACUCAUCCGAAGAGCUAUUUGAUAAUCGAUACUCGAACACCAUUGACAAAUGCAAUGAAGCCUGAUUAUGUCGUUCAUGCAGUUGAGUAUUUGGACUUGAAGCACGGGGAUUGUUAUUACCAACAAUUGUAAUUAUGUAUUCAUACUAUAUAAUAGCCUGAACCAGCACGGACGGUUCAUAGCUAUGAACUUUAUUUAUGAAGCACUUGAUUUCGCAUGGUCUGUCAGUCAUCAUUUUUUUAAUAACGAGUAAGAUUGGAACACACACACACAAUUGAUAAUAGUAUCAAGAGCAUAUAAAGAUAUACGCAUUGUGCUAAAUCGUUUUGUAAAUAUUCAUAUAAAUAAAAAUAAACUCGAUCAUUAACUCAA